CACCAAAGGCGUGGAAACGCGCAGAACGUUGCACCGGUGUACAGCAACGCCUGACAGAAGCACAGAGGACGCAUCAUAGCUGCUAUCUUACUCUGGAAAACAACUUCACUAUCUUAUUUUGGUGUUGGUUUUUUUCAAAAGAAAAAUAAUAGAAUUGGGAGUUUGGAAGAGUCGAUAGGAUAUAUAUUCUCUACAUUUUGCCUGGUCCCGUUGUUGAGCGGAGCCUAGCCUACUACAAGACAAGCCAACGUUGUUGUGUGAUGAACGCGCCCAUGUCUUGAACCUGGGGGCCCGUUGAAACUGUCACGCGGAUCAAAGCCUUGUGAAUGGGAUGCUUUUCACGAUUGAGCCACCCUGGAACUGAAGACGUGUUAUUGUUUCUGGGGACUGCAAUGAGUGUGACACGGAUCUACCUUGAAGACUUCCCCAUCACUUCUAUCUUUGAACUCUUUACAAAGAAAGAGAUCUGUCCUUCUGGGCUACUGACUGACUGACUGACUGUGUGUCUGUGUGACAGACUGUGAGUGUCCGAGGUGUGUGACCUCAACCAGCAACCAUGCCCAUCCUAAAGCAGCUGGUAUCUGGUUCGUCCCAGAGCAAACAGCGCCGCUCCCGUAUGGACCUGACCCGGGAGAUGAUCAGCGCCCCCCUGGGGGACUUCCGCCACACCAUGCACGUGGGGCGCAGCGGGGACGCCUUCGGGGACACCUCUUUCCUCUCCACCCACUCCGGGGAGGCCCCCCAUCAGGCCGAACCCCAGGCCCAUCCCCACUCCCCCCGCCCGGGCCUUUUAUCCAGAACCUUCCGCAGCAGCAAACGCUCCCAGUCCGUCACCAGGGUGGACCAGAGAGACUGCUCGCUAGCGCCACCCGGUGGCUCGCCCACCUUCGUGAAGAACGCCAUGUCUCUCCCCUUCCUCAAUGAUGAAAACGGUGACCAUGUUGAUGGAGGACACAGGGUGCCUAAGAGCCUUUCGUCCAGCCCACUGAAACAACUGAAUGAGCAGGAUGGAGGUGGAGGUACCUGGCCGUCUAAUGGGGCCGCUGCUGGGGCCCGCUCUCUGGAGCUGGAUGAGAGGAGCUUUGGGGAGCUGACUGACCUGCCAAGCCCCAGCCGCGGGUACUACGGAGGGGGGAUGAAGCACGCGGUGUCGGUCAUGUCGUUCCACAUCGACCUGGGGCCCUCCAUGUUGGGGGACAUCCUGGGGGUGAUGGAGAAGGAGGAUGAUGAUCUGGGAUACGAGGAGGGGAAGAGCAAUGAGGGACGGGCCUCUCCUACACUACUCCUGGGGAGGGAGGUGGGAGGAGAGGAGGAGGGAGAAGAAGAUGAACCGGAAGCUGAGCUGCUGCAGGAGGAGGCGGUCCCUGUACCUGUGAGUCCAACCAGCUCUGUAGAACCUGCGGUGGGAGAGGACGAGGGAGCACCCUACACCCCAGAGUACACCCCAGAGCCCCGCCCUAAACACCUGCAGCACCAAUUAGAUACCUGUUCUGUGUCCAGCUCCGCCUCUGGCUCCGCCCACGUGGAGCAGGAGAAACCAGCCGGACAGCUCCACGGGGGGGAUACGGACAGUGCCACUUUCAGCGCCCCACCUGAGGAGGAGGAGGAGCUGGGAAAGUUUUCUUCCUUCUUGGAGGACGAGGAUGAUGAGAUCCGUGUAUGAAACAAGACGUAUAAGCUCAAACCAUAUACGGAGCGGAUAAGUGUGUAUUAAUACAGAUGGAUAGAUUCUAUACUGAGUGGAUAUGGAUGAGUACAGAUGGAUAGAUUCUAUACUGAGUGGAUAUGGAUGAGUACAGAUGGAUAUGGAUGAGUACAGUAUAAAGUCAACUCUAUAAAGCUCCACAUCACGACAGAGACGUAUAGACUGGAUGGAUAUGGAUGAGUACAGUAUAAAGUCAACUCUAUAAAGCUCCACAUCACAACAGAGACAUAUAGACUGGAUGGAUAUGGAUGAGUACAGUAUAAAGUCAACUGUAUAACGGCCCACAUCACGACAGAGACGUAUAGACUGGAUGGCUUUAAGGAUGCUGUGGACGACGUGUUGAGUUGAUACAGGAAUGAAUGAAUUACUACUGUGGAUGAAACUACUCUAUAAAGGCCCAUAUUAUGACAGAGGUGUACAGUCUAUACUGGGUGGAUAUGGAUCACAGUAGCAGUACCUCCUCUGGUAGAGUGAAUGACGUGAAUUAAAUAGAAGAAGAAACUGAUAGUGCUCCCUCUGUCCUUCCUGUGAGAAAACAAACAUCUGGACAUAGUCAUGUGGACUGGGAUCUGUGGACUGGGAUCUGGGAUCCUGCUUCAGGGACAAAGAGAAAGACAGUCUGUAGGACACUGGCUCCUUCUGGAUGAAUACAAACCCCAUCUGUUACAUACAGAACAGCUUGCUAACGUCUCCCUCACACACACCACAUUACAGCGUCUGUCUGUCUGUCUGUGUCUGUCUGUCUGUCUACUGAGAGAACUGACAUGGAAGAGCAGUCCAAGUGUGUGAACUCAUGUAUUUAGGAGAGACACUUAAGAAAAUAACAUUUUGAUAAACAACAUGUCUUUGUUAAGCCUCUGUCCAGUGCUAUUCAUUCCCUUUACAUGUGUCAUAAUAAUAAGGGCUUUUCUUCAUUGUUGAUCUGUGCCAUUUCAUAUGAUGUAGCUCCUCUCUUGUUCUGUGCUCCUCUCUGCCUGUUAAGUGGAACUGUGUUGGUGUAAUCAAGUGGUCUGGCCGGAACAGAGAGCUACUGUUACCAUGGUGAUGGGGACCUGGCUGCCUGUCUGUCACAACAAAAAGGCUUGUGUUGUGUGUAUCACUCCACCAGCUGUGAUGAGGCUUUUUCCAUGCUAGAGCCUGCUAGCUACAACAUUGUGACUAGAGCCUGCUAGCUACAACAUUGUGACUAGAGCCUGCUAGCUACAACAUUGUGACUAGAGCCUGCUAGCUACAACAUUGUGACUAGAGCCUGCUAGCUACAACAUUGUGACUAGAGCCUGCUAACUACAACAUUGUGACUAGAGCCUGCUAGCUACAACAUUGUGACUAGAGCCUGCUAGCUACAACAUUGUGACUAGAGCCUGCUAGCUACAACAUUGUGACUAGAGCCUGCUAGCUACAACAUUGUGACUAGAGCCUGCUAGCUACACUACUGUUCAAAAGUUUGUGGUCACUUAGAAAUGUCCUUGUUUUCCAUGAAAACAUACCUGAAAUAAAUUGCAAAAUUAAUGGGAAAUAUAACCAAGAUGUUGACAAGGUUAUAAAUAAUGAUUUUUUUAAAAUUGAAAUAGUGUCCUUCAAACUUUGCUUUCGUCAAAGAAUCCUCCAUGUGCAGUAAUUACAGCCUUGCAGACCUUUGGUAUUCUAGUUGUCAAUUUGUUGAGGUAAUCUGAAGAGAUUUCACCCAAUGCUUCCUGAAGCACCUCCCACAAAUUGGAUUGGCUUGAUGGGCACCUCUUACGUACCAUACGGUCAAGCUGCUCCCACAACAGCUCAAUGGGGUUGAGAUCUGGUGACUGUGUUGGCCACUCCAUUAUAGACAGAAUACCAGUUGACUGAUUCUUCCCUAAAUAGUUCUUGCAUAGUUUGGAGCUGUGCUUUGGGUCAUUGUCCUGUUGUAGGAGGAAAUUGGCUCCAAUUAAGUGCCGUCCACAGGGUAUGGCAUUGCAAAAUAGAGUGAUAGCCUUCCUUCUUCAAGAUCCCUUUUACCCUGUACAAAUCUCCCAGUUUACCACCACCAAAGCACCCCCAGACCAUCACAUUGCCUCCACCAUGCCUGACAGAUGGUGUCAAGCACUCCUCCAGCAUCUUUUCAUUUUUUCUGCGUUUCAUGAAUGUUCUUUGUGAUCCGAACACCUCAAACUUAAAUUAGUCUGUCCAUAACACUUUUUUCCAAUCUUCCUCUGUCCAGUGUCUAUGUUCUUUUGCCAAUCUUAAUCUUUUCUUUUUAUUGGCCAGUUUGAGAUAUGUAUUUUUCUUUGCAACUCUGCUUAGAAGGCCAGCAUCCCGGAGUCGCCUCUUCACUGUUGAUGUUGAGACUGGUGUUUUGCAGGUACUAUUUAAUGAAGCUUCCAGUUGAGGGCGUGUGAGGCGUCUGUUUCUCAAACUAGACACUCUAAUGUACUUGUCCUCUUGUUCAGUUGUGCACCGGGGCCUCCCACUCCUCUUUCUAUUCUGGUUAGGGUCAGUUUGCGCUGUUCUGUGAAGGGAGUAUUACACAGCAUUGUACGAGAUCUUCAGUUUCUUGGCAAUUUCUCGCAUGCCCUUCAUGAAGAGCCAUGCUUCAUUUCUCAGAACAAGAAUAGACUGAUGAGUUCCAGAAGAAAGUCCUUUGUUUCUGGCCAUUUUGAGCCUGUAAUCGAACCCACAAGUGCAGAUGCUCCAGAUACUCAAUUAGUCUAGAGAAGGCCAGUUUUAUUGCUUCUUUAAUCAGAACAACAGUUUUUAGCUGUGCUAACAUAAUUGCAAAAGGGUUUUCUAAUGAUCAAUUAGACUUUUUAAAAUUAUAAACUUGGAUUAGCUAACAUAACGUGCCAUUGGAACAGGAGUGAUGGUUGCUGAUAAUGGGCCUCUGUACACCUAUGUAGAUAUUCCAUUAAACCUUUGAACAGUAGUGUAUAACAUCUUGACUAGCGCCUGCUACCUAUAGCAUCUUGACUAGAGCCUGCUACCUAUAACAUCUUGACUAGAGCCUGCUACCUAUAGCAUCUUGACUAGAGCCUGCUACCUAUCUACUACCUAUAACAUCUUGACUGGAGCCUGCUACCUAUAGCAUCUUGACUAGAGCCUGCUACCUAUAGCAUCUUGACUAGAGCCUGCUACCUAUAACAUCUUGACUAGAGCCUGCUACCUAUAACAUCUUGACUAGCGCCUGCUACCUAUAACAUCUUGACUAGCGCCUGCUACCUAUAACAUCUUGACUAGCGCCUGCUAGCUAUAGCAUCUUGACUAGCGCCUGCUACCUAUAACAUCUUGACUAGAGCCUGCUACCUAUAGCAUCUUGACUAGAGCCUGCUACCUAUAACAUCUUGACUAGAGCCUGCUACCUAUAACAUCUUGACUAGCGCCUGCUACCUAUAACAUCUUGACUAGCGCCUGCUACCUAUAACAUCUUGACUAGCGCCUGCUACCUAUAACAUCUUGACUAGCGCCUGCUAGCUAUAGCAUCUUGACUAGCGCCUGCUACCUAUAACAUCUUGACUAGCGCCUGCUAGCUAUAGCAUCUUGACUAGCCUGCUAGCUAUAGCAUCUUGACUAGCCUGCUAGCUAUAGCAUCUUGACUAGCGCCUGCUAGCUAUAGCAUCUUGACUAGCGCCUGCUAGCUAUAGCAUCUUGACUAGCGCCUGCUAGCUAUAGCAUCUUGACUAGCGCCUGCUAGCUAUAGCAUCUUGACUGGCGCCUGCUAGCUAUAGCAUCUUGACUAGCGCCUGCUAGCUAUAACAUCUUAACUAGAGCCUGCUAGCUAUAACAUCUUGACUAGAGCCUGCUACAUGUCAGAACAAUAGAUCAUCUUGUUAGUUCAUUGUUACAUCAACACCAGUUCUGUUUCACAUUCUGACAUUUUCCUCACAUUAUCAGUGACAUGUUACAGACAUUCGUUGCUGUGACAUGUUACACAAGUCACCUAUUUGUCGGUUGGUGUUUGUUGCCUCAACCUCUUGUCAUUUCCUGUAAUAAAGUGGACUGUGGGCGGGAGGAGAUUUCCCCUGUUUACCUAGCACUCUCCCAGCCUGAUGCUGUUGGUUUACCAGCGUUAGGAGGGUCGUAAAGCAGACCGAUGGAAGCAUAGGACCUGUGGUGAUUAUCAAACACUGGUUACAGCAGGACGUUUAGAGCAGAAGUGUGUGUACACCAAACUGAAGUGGGGAGAGGUGUGUGUGUGUUCCUCUUUCUCCACCUGCAGAUCAGGUUAGAUCAGUUUUGUGAAAUUCGGAUGCAAAUUCUCUGAUUCUAUUUGCCUAUGAUUUGUCUAUAUUUCUCUGCAAUGAAAAUCCUUCUGCAAGUGUGUCAGUCAGGUUCUGCAAUAAUGUCAGAGCUGACAGGCUACAGAGUGUCUGAUAAUAACAGCCAACCACUUCCUUCCUUCCCCACUUAAAAAGAGAAACUGUUCAUAGCUGCAGUAGUCUAGUGCACCACUAGUCUAGUGCACCACUUGUCUAGUGCACCACUAGUCUAGUGCACCACUAGUCUAGUGCACCACUAGUCUAGUGCACCACUAGUCUAGUGCACCACUUGUCUAGUGCACCACUAGUCCAGUGCACCACUUGUCUAGUGCACCACUAGUCUAGUGCACCACUAGUCUAGUGCACCACUAGUCUAGUGCACCACUAGUCUAGUGCACCACUUGUCUAGUGCACCACUAGUCUAGUGCACCACUAGUCCAGUGCACCACUAGUCUAGUGCACCACUAGUCUAGUGCACCACUAGUCUAGUGCACCACUAGUCUAGUGCACCACUAGUCUAGUGCACCACUAGUCCAGUGCACCACUAGUCUAGUGCACCACUAGUCUAGUGCACCACUAGUCUAGUGCACCACUAGUCUAGUGCACCACUAGUCCAGUGCACCACUAGUCCAGUGCACCACUAGUCUAGUGCACCACUAGUCUAGUGCACCACUAGUCUAGUGCACCACUAGUCUAGUGCACCACUAGUCUAGUGCACCACUAGUCCAGUGCACCACUAGUCUAGUGCACCACUAGUCUAGUGCACCUGGCCUGACUGCAUCAACAUGUCUCUGCAUUCCAAAUGGCACCCUGUUCACUACAUUGGGCCCUGUAGGCCCGGGUCCAAGAGGGUGCACUAUAUAGGGUGCCAUUUGGAAUGCUGUUCUCACUCACCUCUAGGGCCCUCACUAGGGCGGUCCAGCUGUCUCACUAUUGAACUGGACCUUUUUAGUGUUCAUUAGGGCACACCGUAGCAAAAUGUUUUUGCAAUAGAAAAUGAACAUUUGUGUUGUUAUUGGAGACGUUCAGGUAGAAUCUCUCCACCUAAAUAUGCCCCUGGCUGGUAAUUAUAGCCUUAUGUUUUGUUAAACCAGACGCGGUGUUGUGCUCUGUUAAACCAGACGCGGUGUUGUGCUCUGUUAAACCAGACGCUGUGUUGUGCUCUGUUAAACCAGACGCGGUGUUGUGCUCUGUUAAACCAGACGCGGUGUUGUGCUCUGUUAAACCAGACGCGGUGUUGUGCUCUGUAACAUGUUGAUGAUGCUUUGUAUCUGGACAUACAGACAGAGAAUAUCUGUUAAAAUUACUAUUUAAUUACACAAAGUGUUGAAAGACGUGUAUAAACAGGGGCGCAACUUUCACUGGGGACAGGGGGGACAUGUCCCCCCCCACAUUCUGAAAUUGUAUUUUUGUCCCCCCCAGUUUUAUCAUUGGAAUGUGAUACUAAAUGUGGCAACGGUGUGCUUUAGGACCAUGUGGACGCCUCCCGAGAGGUUGGGUUUGGAGUGUUUAUCUGAUGGGAUAUUUUUUGUUUGUUUGUUGAUAUGUCCCCCCCCCACCCCCCACUUCUAAAACCAAAGACACGCCCCUGUGUAUAAAUAUGUGUGUCUGGCUUCAGAAAGAAAAGCAUUAUUGAAGAAGACGACUGCUUCACAGGUAUCUAUCUGUACGGGGAUGCAUUAAGGUGGCUGACUGUUCCUUUUUUUACACUGUGUGAGAUCUGUCAUUGUUCUAGUGUGGGCAGCAGUGAGUGAAUAUGCCAGUGAACAUACCUUAUUCUUAAUAGUGACGUCUAUAUCUAUAUAAGAUGUUAUAAGUCUCAGUCAUAACUCGGUCCCAAAUCGCACCAUAUUUCCUAUAUAGUGACCUACUUUUUACCAGGGUCCAUAGGGAAUAACCAGGGUCCAUUCAUCCUAAAUGGCACCCUUUUCCCUAUAUAGUGCACUAGGGACCAGAAGUAGUGUACUGUAAAGGGAAUAGGGUGCCAUUUUGGAUGAAUCCUAAGACUGACAAUGAGCAUCAGUAAUAUAAUCACAAAUAACUUUGGUUAUGGAGCUCAAUGUUAUGAGAGCCUGCCAGACUUCUGGUCCUUCCUCCUUGAUUGGUUAAUCACUGUAGAUAUCCAGUUAAAUGGCCAAUAUUCUGGCUCUGCUUCUUUGUUGAUUAAUCAUUGUACUUUUUUUAUCAGUUAUUAAAAGGCUCCCUCUCUGAUUUCAGUCGAGCCAGAAAUAAAUACUGUAAUUGUUUCAACAUUUUAUCUCCUAGAAAAGAAGAUGGAAAAACAUUGAAUUUAUUUGUUACAGUAUAGUCAUUGUAGCCUGGUUGACGAGGCUCUUCACAGUUCUCUCUUCACUUUAACACUAACAGUCAAAUAUUCACAAUUACCCAUGUUUAAAAUCAUGAGGCUGCAAUGAAAGCAAAAUGGAGGAUUCUGUUGCCAAUACCUAGGUAUAUUUGUGUUGAAGCUGUAUAUUAUCUCUUGCUAUUCUUUGUCUUUAUGUGAAUAAUGUGUGUUUUACACGCUCUCCUUACUCUCCCAGAGAACUGCUCUAUUGUGUAAUAAAACACAAGCUGACCGUCA